GAAUUUAAAUUUGAGUUUAAAAAAAUAAGCCAGAAUUAUGUUAAAUUGCUUGUGUUCGCCGACGUCAUCUACGAACAGGUUUCUGAAGAUAUUUCUCUCUGUCAUCUGUUUGUUUUUGCUUUUAAUGGACAGUGCUUAUGGUGUGGGCUUUGGACGUUGCCCCAAAUAUCCUUCGAUGCCAAAAUUUAAUAUGAGCCGGGUCUUAGGACAAUGGUACGAAGUAGAGAGAUCAUUCUAUUUGCCAGAAAUUGCUUCCGGCUGCACGACUCUAGAAUUUCAGCCGCUACAUCAAGAGGAAUUAUCAAGAUUUAAUAAUUUCAAAUUAGAAGUGGCCAUAAAAACCAUAAAUAGAAUCACAGGAAAUCCCUCAGUGAAUUUGGGUUAUGCCACACCAGAAAGUCGAAAAUCUUCUAUAAUGGAUUUUAAGUUCAGCACUCGCUUUCCUGAUGUCAUUGCCCGUCUGCUGCCCGGCUCGGGAAAAUAUCAAGUUCUUUACACAGACUAUGAUAAUUUUGCCAUAUUAUGGUCUUGUGGUUCUUUAGGCUCGUUAGGUUAUUCCGAUCAGAUCUGGGUGUUUGGACGAGAUCGUGAUUUUCCCGUUGAUGUGCGCACAAAAAUUUAUGACGCUUUAAAGAAAUUGGGUCUGGAACCGGAUCGUUUGGUUUUGAGUAAAAACAAAAAUUGUCCAAAAACUUUGUAGGACCACAACAUGAUGUUUUUUAAUAUUAAGAAUGUAAUUGUUAAGAUUUAUAUGUAUUUGUACAGAUAUUAUUUGUUUAUCGUAAAUGUAGAUAGAAUAGGUUUCUGUGAUACUCCUCAGAUAAUAAAAGAAGGAAGAUUUAAAAAAUAA